GGGACCAGCUGGUCCCAGGGCAAGGGGCAGCCUGUGGGGCUGAGGUGCCUGGUGAGCUCCCAGGGGGGCAGGAUGUCGGAGAUGGGGGAGCUCACCCAGACGCCGCUGCAGAAAGUGUGGAUCCCACAUGCUAGCAACCGGCUGCGCCAGCGCAGGGGGUCUGCUGUGCCUCAGUUUACCAAUUCACCCACUAUGGUGAUCCUGGUGGGGCUGCCAGCCCGUGGGAAGACCUAUAUCUCCAAGAAGCUGACCCACUACCUGAACUGGAUUGGGAUCCCCACCAAGGUGUUCAACGUGGGGCAGUACCGCCGCGAGGCCGUGCAGACCUACCAGAACUACGAGUUCUUCCGGCCAGAUAACCAGGAGGCCAUGCGCAUUCGCAGGGAGUGCGCUCUGGCCGCUCUGAAAGAUGUCCACACUUACCUGAGCCGGGAGGAGGGACAGGUCGCGGUGUUUGAUGCCACCAACACGACCCGGGAGCGAAGGAACAUGAUCCUGCAGUUCGCCAGAGACCAUGGCUACAAGGUGUUUUUCAUCGAGUCCAUCUGCGACGACCCGGAGAUCAUCGAGGAGAACAUCACACAAGUGAAGCUGAGCAGCCCGGACUACAAGGACUGUAAGCGGGAGGAGGUGGUGGAGGAUUUCCUCAAGCGCAUCGAGUGCUACCAGCUCCACUACCAGCCCCUGGACGACGAGCUGGACAGCGCCCUGUCCUACAUCAAGAUCUUCAACGUGGGGCUGCGGUACCUGGUGAACCGGGUGCAGGACCACGUGCAGAGCCGCACCGUGUAUUACCUGAUGAACAUCCACGUCACGCCGCGCGCCAUCUACCUGACCCGGCACGGCGAGAGCCAGCACAACCUGCAGGGGCGCAUCGGCGGCGACUCGGGGCUCUCCGCCCGCGGCCAGCAGUUUGCCUCGGCCCUGGCCAGCUUCAUCGAGAGCCAGAACAUCCGGCAGCUCAAGGUGUGGACCAGCCACAUGAAGCGGACGAUCCAGACGGCCGAGGCCCUGCACGUGCCCUACGAGCAGUGGAAGGCGCUGAACGAGAUUGAUGCGGGCGUCUGUGAGGAGAUGUCCUAUGAGGAGAUCCAGGCCCAUCACCCGGAGGAGUUUGCCCUGCGUGAUCAAGACAAAUACCGAUACCGAUACCCCAAAGGGGAGUCAUACGAGGACCUGGUGCAGCGGCUGGAGCCCGUCAUCAUGGAGCUGGAGCGGCAGGAGAACGUGCUGGUGAUCUGCCAUCAGGCCGUCAUGCGCUGCCUGCUGGCCUAUUUCCUGGACAAGAGCGCAGAUGAGCUGCCCUAUCUGAAAUGCCCGCUGCACACCGUGCUCAAACUGACCCCCGUGGCAUACGGUUGUCAAGUGGAGUCCAUUUUCCUCAACGUGGAGGCUGUGAACACGCACCGGGAGCGCCCCCAGAAUGUCGACGUGACGCGGGAGCCCGAGGAAGCACUGGGGACGGUGCCUCCCCACUAUUAACUGCGUGUGCCCAUUAAAGCCGGCUCUCUCCUUUG